AUGGCUUCUAACAUGAGCUUGAAGACCCUUGCUGUGCUGGCUCUUGCCCUUGCCGUCUGUGUGCAAGCCACCCUAGGAGCAAUUUCAUGCGAGGAUCUAGACCAAGACACAUGCGCAUUCGCUGUGUCGUCGUCCAGCAAACGCUGUGUGCUUGAAAAGCAUGUGCGGAGGAGCGGAGAGGAAGCAUACACGUGCCGCACAUCAGAGAUUGAGGCAGAUAAAUUGAAGGACUGGGUGGAGAGUGAGCAGUGCAUCAAGUCUUGUGGGCUCGACCGCAAAUCCUAUGGCAUCUGCUCAGACUCUCUCCUGGAGUCUCGCUUCACCCAAAAGCUUUGCUCCCCUCAGUGCUACAACACCUGCCCCAACAUUGUUGACCUUUACUUCAAUCUUGCCGCUGGUGAAGGGGUAUUUCUACCAAAAUUGUGUGAAGCACAAGGAGCAAAUGCUCGUCGACAGAUGUCAGAGAUCCGUAGCUCUGGAUUUGUUGCACCAGGACCAAUCCACCCUGCAAAGUUGGUAGCACCCGGACCAAUUAACUCAGCCAAUUUGGUAGCAUCCACACCAACAGAGGUUGCUCCAGCACAGCCUCCUUACUAUAACUAA